GGUAGCGGCGGCGGCGGCAGCAGCGGACGCGACAUGAGCAGCGGGGCGGCGUCCGGGACCGGGCGGGGGCGGCCCCGGGGCGGGGGACCGGGACCCGGGGACCCCCCACCCAGCGAGACACACAAGCUGGUGGUCGUGGGCGGCGGCGGCGUGGGCAAGAGUGCGCUGACCAUCCAGUUCAUCCAGUCCUACUUCGUGUCUGACUAUGACCCCACCAUCGAAGACUCCUACACAAAGAUCUGCUCGGUGGACGGCGUCCCCGCCAGGCUGGAUAUCCUGGACACUGCGGGCCAGGAAGAGUUUGGCGCCAUGAGGGAGCAGUAUAUGCGUGCUGGGCAUGGUUUCCUGCUGGUGUUUGCCAUUAAUGAUCGGCAGAGUUUCAAUGAGGUGGGCAAGCUCUUCACACAGAUCCUCCGAGUCAAGGACCGAGACGACUUCCCCAUUGUAUUGGUUGGGAACAAGGCAGAUCUGGAGACACAGCGCCAGGUGCCCCGAUCGGAAGCCAACGCCUUCAGUGCCUCCCACCACGUGGCCUACUUUGAGGCCUCGGCCAAACUGCGUCUCAAUGUGGACGAGGCCUUCGAGCAGCUGGUGCGGGCUGUCCGGAAGUACCAGGAACAAGAGCUCCCGCCCAGCCCACCCAGUGCCCCCAGAAAGAAGGACCGGGGCUGCCCCUGCGUCCUCCUGUAGCCUGGGCAUCAGAGGAACUACCAGCACAAGUUCUAGGGACCAGCUGCCCCUGCCAGGCCUCAGUUUCCCUACCUGGGUCUCCCAGGAUACACUACACCCCCACCCAUAAUUCCUGGCCUCAGGGCCAAUGCCACUGUGUGCCUUCUGCCAACGCCUCCUUCCCCCACCUGAGCCCCUGCUGGGGGUGAGGGGCUCCCGGGCAUCCGGGUCACUGCUGUAUAUAAUCCCGCCCCAGAGAAAUAAAGGUCACUGCCAAUGUCA